AUGGUGAUAGGUUCUUUUAAGGGCAUGUGUAAGCAGAUAGAUCACUUUCCCGAGGAUGCUGACUAUGAGGCGGAUGCUUCAGAGUACUUCCUACGUGCCGUACGAGCCUCCAGCAUCUUCCCCAUCUUGAGUGUGAUCCUGCUCUUCAUGGGGGGGCUCUGCAUUGCCGCCAGCGAAUUCUACAAGUCACGCCACAACAUCAUUCUCAGCUCUGGCAUCCUCUUCGUCUCUGCAGGCCUGAGCAACAUCAUAGGAAUCAUCGUGUACAUAUCAGCCAAUGCCGGUGACCCUUCUAAGAGCGACUCCAAGAAGAACAGCUACUCCUAUGGCUGGUCCUUCUACUUCGGCGCCCUCUCCUUCAUCAUGGCUGAAAUGGUGGGCGUGCUGGCCGUGCACAUGUUCAUCGAUCGCCACCGGGAGCUGCGGGUGGGAGCGCGAGCUGCCGACUACCUCCAAGGCGCGGCCAUCACGCGCAUCCCCAGCUACCGCUACCGCUACCGCCGCCGCUCACGCUCCUCAUCCCGCUCCACAGACCCCUCGCACUCCCGCGAGGCCUCGCCGGUGGGCCUGAAGGCCUUCGGGACGCUGCCCUCCACCGAGCUGUCCAUGUACACGCUGCCCAAGGGCCAAACGGGCACCCCAACAGCUACCUAUAACUCCACAGAGAGGGACCACAACUUCCUGCAGGUCCACAACUGCAUUCAGAAGGACCUGAAAGACUCAGGCGGCAACUCCGCCAACCGCCGCACGACACCU